AUGGCCACCGAUCCCCAGUUCCUCAAAUACGUCGACGACCACCAGCAAGACUACAUCCGCCGUCUUGCAAACGCAGUCGCCAUCCCUUCGCGAGUCUGCUAUUCUCGCAAUUAUACAAACAGUGUCUCCGGUAACUUGAGCUACGUGAAAGAUGUCGAAGCCAUGGGCGAAUGGCUCAUUCAGCAGCUCACUUCCCUCGGUGUGAAGGCUGAGAAGCGUGCUAUUGGCACCCAUGAGCUUGAAGGCCAGACUGUUGACCUGCCACCUGUUGUCAUUGGGCAGAUCGGCAACGAUCCUAAAAAGAAAACUCUUCUGGUCUAUGGCCACUACGAUGUCCAGCCCGCUCUUCUCGAAGACGGCUGGCUCUACCCUCCUUUCGAGCUUACCCCCGACCCUAACGGCUCUGGACGUCUCUACGGCCGUGGCUCAACGGACGACAAGGGCCCUGUCCUCGGAUGGUUGAACGUUUUGGAGGCGCACCAGGCCAUCGGCAAGGAGCUGCCCGUAAACUUGAAGAUGGUCUUCGAGGGUAUGGAGGAGAACGGAUCCAUCAAUCUCGACAAGUUCAUCGAGUCCGAGAAAGACAAGUUCUUUGCUGGUGUCGACUGCAUGUGUAUCUCUGACAACUACUGGCUCGACACCAAGACCCCUUGCUUGACCUACGGCCUCCGAGGUAUCAACUAUUACGAGAUCAAGAUCAAUGGCCCCGACAGGGACUUGCACUCUGGAGUCUUUGGUGGUACCGUCCACGAGCCUAUGACUGAUCUCAUUGCCCUCAUGUCCAGACUUGUGACACCCGAAGGGCAGAUUAUUGUACCUGGUAUCAAGGACCUCAUUGCCCCAGUGACCGAUGAUGAACGGGCCAAGUUCGAGGCUAUCCACUUCGAAAUGUCUGACAUCCACGCUGCCGUUGGCGGAGAUGUCACCAUCUCUGACGAUACUGUGGCUACAUUGAUGGGCCGUAUGAGAAAUCCCUCUCUCUCUUUGCACGGUAUCGAAGGCGCCUUCUCCGCUCCCGGCUCCAAGACCGUUAUUCCCUGUCAAGUCAAGGGCAAGUUCUCUAUCCGUCUCGUCCCAAACUUGACUGUCGCGAGUGUCACCGACCUCGUCGUCAAGUAUGUGCAGGAUGAGUUCAAGAAGCUCGGCUCCAAGAACAAGCUUGAUGUGUAUCUGACGCAUGGUGGUGAACCCUGGCUUGCUGACCCUAAUCACUACUCUUAUCAAGCCGCUCACAAAGCCACUGAAGCCGUCUAUGGCCAAGUCCCCGACUACACCCGAGAAGGUGGUUCUAUCCCCGUGACCCUCGACUUUGCCAACAUUCUCGGCCUCAAUGUGCUCCUCCUCCCGGUCGGUCGAGGCGAUGACGGUGCCCACUCGACCAACGAGAAGAUUGACACUGACAACUACAUUCGGGGUACGAAGUUGCUUGGUUCCUAUAUGUACGAGCUUGCUGCUGCCAAGCCAUAA